AUGUUUUCCAACGUCUCCAACGCCUCCUCAGCACUUCCUGCUCAGGCCUGGCUCCUCUCUGGCCCCGCUUCCUGUUUCCUGUUCAGCUUCAGUUUCACCAUCUUCCUGUCCUUCUCGAUCACCAACAUCGUGGUCGUGCUGCCCUUCUCCCUCUGCGUCUGGUCCCUCGGUCUUUGCCGCAAACGUUUCCAAAAGUCAACUACUCAUUUGGACAUGUUCACGUACCACAUGGUGGGAGUUGAUACGGUCGCGGUAGCUGUCUGCGCGGCGUACAUUUACGGCUACUAUGCGAACGCUGUGCGGAUGAUGUUCACCGUGAUGCAAGUCUAUUCAAACAUUUCGAACGGACAAACUAUUUUCCAUAUUUUCACUUGCCUUGAUCGCUACAUCGCCGUGGUUCAUCCAAUCACGUACAUCCGCCUCAAAGAGAAAGGCGGGACCAGAGAAGCAAAGCAGAGCUGGUCUGGUUACGUCCAGCACAUUCUGUAA